AUGACUACGUUUGACUUGGGUGCUUUCGUGGCUGAGCCAACUAGUGAUGUGUUGGAUUCGUGUAGAAAAGUUGACUUAUUGGAGAUUGCCCGGCACUAUGAAAUCCCCGUGUCUGUUACAUUGCGCGUGGGAGAGUUAAGGGAGGCUGUGUUGGCAGGUUUGGUUGCCAGUGAAGUUUUGGUUUUGCCCAAGUCGAGCAAUCUGGAACAAGGAGUGACCGCGGGAGGCGCAGUGGCGUCCCCCGUGCGUCUUGGGGAGAGCGCGGAUUCCCCACAGCCACCGGUGGGCUCUCCAGAGGUUUUGUUUGGGGAGGCUGAGGAAAAGUCGUUUAUUCUCUCGGGUGUCCUGCCUCUGGGCCCGCAGACAGACUGUCAUCUAAGCACAGUAGUGAAGGGGAUCGGCCUUAGUUAUGUGCCCGCACCACUGCAUAAUGUCUACAUUGAGUCAAACUUGGUUAGUGGAGUUUUCCCUGUCGCUGUGCGCGACCAGGUUCCUAUUGACGGGGUGGAGUUUAUUAUGGGGAAGGAUAUCGCAGGUGGGGAAGUGUAUCCCUCUCCGGAAGUGGUUUCUCGCCCCAUUCUCAGCACUGGGAAGGAUGAAGUGGCUGAGGAACACCCCGAGAUGUCUUCAGGGUGUGUGUUGACCCGCGCCCAGUCUAAUAAGUUGGCAGAGGAACGGGGUGAUGUUGAUCUGUGUGAUUCUGUGCUUGCUCCUGUCUUCUCCGGUGUUCGUGCGCCCCCGUGUGGACGACCUGAUGACCACGCCAGGACGAUGGCCAGCCGUGGGAAGUCAACCACCGCUAUGUCCCCUCCACUCACCAGUGACGCCUUGAUUGGAGCUCAAAAGUUCGGUCGCAGGUCCAUGUUGCUGGUGUCUCUGGUCCUGUCCACUGUGAUGAGUGCAGCGUCUGCCUUCUCCACGUCUUACGUCAUGUUCGCCGUGACCCGAGCGCUCAGCGGCGCCGCCCUCAGCGGACUGUCAAUCAUCGGAGUCGUCCUGGGUAUUGAGUGGACGGAUGUGAAACACAAGACGUUCACUGGGACCGUGAGGAGUCUGUCCUGGAGUGCGGGGAGCAUGGUCCUCGCUCUGAUGGCGUUUCUGGUCCGAGACUGGAGACACCUGACCAUCGCUGUGACUGCACCCUGUGUCCUGGGCCUGCUCUGCUGCUGGUGGCUUCCAGAGUCUGCUCGCUGGCUCCUGGCGAACGGCAGGACAGAGGACGCUCGUCGGUUUCUGGUGCGAUGUCUGGUGCGUCCUCAGUCGCGAGACUGA